GAUUUUCCACUGUGUGUGUGUGUGUUUUAGCCUGGGUGUCACUGUUGGGGGGGUGGGGUGACUGCAAAAGGAGUUUUUUUAGUAAAAGGGGGUUCACCGCCAGUGACGGAAAAUGGGAAUUCCGGCGAAAGAUUCUUGAUUUUCCGGCAAGAAUUCAAGUAUUUUCCGGUGGUGUCACCGUUUAAGCGAAAGUUUACCCGGGUUUGGGUUUGACCUGAUUGGGAAAAUGAAUCUUUUUUGAGUGUUCUAAAUACCAAUUUUGCCCUAAAGAAUUAUGAGUUGAUAAAAAAAAAGUUGGUUUAAAUUUAGUGGAUUUUUCAUAUUAUUAGACCCUUUUAAGUGUUUGAUGUUUUUAUGGGAUUUUUAGUUGAAUUUUGAAGCGAUUUAAUAAUCAAAGAUUUUUGCUUUUUUGCUCUUUGAUAGUAAAGUGAAAUCUUUUGUCAUAUUAUUAGACCCUUUGAAGUGGAAUUUUAGUGCUAUUAUUACUUGAAUUUUGAAGCUUUUCUUGAAAAAGGGUGGUUUUUUUGAUGAUUAAAAUGAUCAAAGUUGUUAGCUUUUUUGUUCGUUGGUCAUAUUAUUAUUAGAUCCUUUGAAGUGUUUUGAUGUUUUCUGGAAUUUGUAGUUGAAUUUUAGUGAUAUUUAUUGAAGAUGGUUGGGGUUGAAUUUUGAAGCUUUUCUUGAAAAGAGGUUGUUUUUUGAUGAUUAAACUGUUUGCUUUUUUGCUCUUCUUGAUAGAAAAGUGAAGCUUUGGUUUUCCAUCUGAUAUUUUUGUUGUAGUACUAAUGGAUUAAUCAUUUGUUGAAUUUUUAUUCUGGUGCUUAAAUUUGAGCUCUUGUUUCUGUUUCAGAGCUUAAAGUUUGAAUCAUUUUUGCAAAGUGUGUUCAGCUUUGAUCUGUUUUAGAAUCCCUUUUGGAUGAAAUGGCAGUUUAUGGGGCUUGGAUUUGAGUUCUUGAAUUCACUGUUAGUUUGAAUUUGCAAAGUUUGUUCAGCUUUGAUUGUUUGUGAAGUCCCUUUUGGAUGAAAUGGCAGUUUCUUUGACUCGUUUAUCGUGGUGGUGGUGGGGUGGGAAAGAGAAGGAACCAGGUUCUAGUGGUUCUUCAAUGAAUCCCGUACAAGACUUUGGAUUUGGGUUGAAGGAACAAAGUGAUAGUUUGAAGUUUAAGCCAGUGAGGGGGGCUAAUCUAGCUUCAACUACUAGGAAAGUGAAAAGGAAAUGGAAGAGCAGAGAGGAAAGGAAGAGGGUUGAUAAGAAAUAUGAUGUAGUAUUGGUUCCAUCAGAUGGUGUGUGUUUAUCUGGUUCGGAGUCCGAUGAUUCUGACUGGUCGAUCGGGUGGCUCGAACCACAUGCCCCUGGUUUCCAGAAUGAUGAUGAGGGAGAUGACAGUUUUGCUGUGCUGGUUCCUUGCUACAGGCAUGAUUGUAGAGAGAUAGAAGAACCAAACAAUCAGUUUUUAAAUGCCCUUGAGAAUCUUUCAAAUGAGUAUUCUGCUGAGGGUAAGAAGUACAUGGAGCAAUGGUUGUCUUCACUUCAGAAUUUUUGAAUCUACAGCAGCUGGUCAUCAUUCUGCACGUUAGGAAAUUUGUGAAGCAGCGGCCAUCUUUUAGUGUACGAAGUGAUAUGCAAGUUCUGCAUCAAUAUCUGAAUAGUAGUAGCAGCAGGUCAGACUAGUAGACGCAAAUAAUCAAAGUUUAUUGUGACAGUGUUCUUUGGUUACAAGCUCAAAAACACACAAACCAUCGUCAUCUUUAAACUUUGGAAUUGAUCAACUUAUGUUGGAGGGGGGGAAAUUUGACAUAUCAAGCUGAUUCUUUAGUGUAAAUAUAUCUAAUGUGAAUAUUGGGAGUAGUAGUAUGCUUUUUGACUGCUGCUAUUGUAAAUAAAUCAUCUGUCUUUCAAAAUCCAGACAAGCGAAACAUCAUUGUUUAUAUCUUGAUUAUACAGUAAUGUUAAAUAUUAUGUUCCUACUCUUUGCUAA